CCACCCAAAACCAUUGCAGCGUGGGGAACCUUGAAUGGCUGUUUCCGUGAUGUCACAGGACUGUUGCCCCACUGUCGCUGUGAUGUCACUGAAGUGCUGGGUGGCCAUUGCAGUGUCCGUGGAACGCUCUCAUUCAGGCACCAAGGGCCUCAGCUUGCGGUGCAGUUCGUCACGUGCUCGUCGCAGAGGAGUCUUCGGAUUGAGGAUUUCUCAGCGGAGAGUUGUGAACGGGCGUCCAAGAGGAGUUUUUGGAUUGAGGAGCUCUCAGUGGAGACCCUGCAAACCAGAGAGCGGUUUUCUUUUCCCUCCCCCAAGGGGCUGUGCCCCUUGGACUGCAGCACAGCUUUGCUAAAGUGUUUUGGCAAAUCUGUGCUGCAGUUCAUGAGUUUGUGCUCUUUUCAUCAAAUUUAUAUUUUUCUCCAGACAGGCCCUGCCAGGUGAUGGAUUUCCCGAGAGACGGAAUCACCAGUGGAUAUGGAGGUGGACAGAGAGCAGCCCGUCCUUCUCCUAAGGACGUGCCACCCCAGCUGGAGACUCCCAGAAACCUGUCGCCUGUGUUCCGUUCCUUCCUGCAGUCCUGCCUGAACCCGAAUGCGAAGCGUCGAUGGACGGCCUGGCAGCUGCUGAAGCAUCCAUUUUUAGGAAAAUCCAAGAGUCUUGUCGUGAUGGCUCCUCUGAUUGAUGCAGUCAGGAGACCCAGAACAGCGGCACCAGAACCUCUGCUGGCUCCCUCUCUUUCUGCACAAGAGGGGAAAGAAGAGCAAGUAGAGAAGGAAGCUGCAAGUUCCUGA